GGAUACUUCCUCAGCCACCUUGACUUGUGGAGGGCGUGGAGACAUUUACUUUCAUCAUUCUGGCGCAUUCACGGGUCUUGAGCCUUUUGACUAUGAAUAGCUUAAUGAAGGGUCUUAGGGAACAGUACUAAGCGACUUCCCGGGAUCAUGGAAGCCCUCGGCGCUGGGGCGAACGCCGUGGCGUUCAUUGUUCUUGCCGCGCAAUUAUCUCGAAAUCUCUACACUUCGCUCUCGUCUAUCAAAGACGGCCCGGAAACCGUCAACAAUACAGCGAGCGAUAUUUUGCGACUUCACGGGGCGCUAGAGCUGCUGAACAGCUAUCCUUUCCUCACCAGCGAUGCGUCUCUAAGCCAGCAAAUCAAGGCUUGUGUUUUAGAUCUCAGCCCUCUGGCUGAUAAUAUCCAAAAGCUUCAGCUCACUCCUAAUGAAAAAGGGACUGGCAGAUUAUGGAAAAGAUUUAGGUCGUUCCUCGAUGAGAAAAGAUUGGAUUAUGUUCGUGCUCGAGUUAGCGCACACACCAACGCCAUCCAUUUUAGACUGAGUAUUUUACACAGUAUAAACUCCCAUACCAUUUCAUCCAAUGUUCAGAUGGCACGUCAGUCAAUCGUGGACCUUGAAAGGAGAUUCGAUCAAGAAUUCAAUAGACAGUCUGCGAGGAUCCCGAACCUCGACGAGAGCCUUCGAUCUAUGCAGAAUUCCCAAAAUGAAGCUCUACAUUGUGGCCUAUCAUCCAUCCAAGCGGCUGUUGAAAAUGCGUCGUCCGUGUCGCGGGCUGAUGCUACCGGAAUGUUAUAUCUUCUUCAUGAACUGAAAGAUUUGGUUAUAUCACAGAAUAGAUCUCAAGCCUUGCACAGUAAAGAGAUCAUAUCGGGCUGCAGAAAGGAAGGACCCAGCCAAACAGAAAAGGUCGCCUACGAUACAUCACCACUCUCAAAAAGCGUUCUGAUAGCAAGCAUCACAAGGUUGUGUGGAUUGAUUGAAAUGAAAGACCAGAACUUCGAUACCGACGACGGUUAUGACCCCCAAGCUGAAGAUAUCAUGGAAGACUUACAAACCUUAAUCCGGUGCACUAAGGAGUAUGCCAAGGCUGAGGGUAAUCUUGAAGCUCGCAGUGAUCUCAGACAUUUUGAUCAAGCGUUCGGGCAAUAUAAAUUUGCUGUGAAUUCGGCCCGGAGUUCAGGUAAACUCGAAAAUGUUAGAUUUCGACAGAGGAAGCAGCGUACCAGCCUCGAUCUUCAUGACCUGGGGACUCUCUCAAUAAUGACAAGUAAACAACUUCGACUGCCACAUCCAACUGAAGCAGGUGACUCAACCCCAGGAGUCGAUGAGGACGGCUAUAAGAUCACUAUAACAUUCCUUCCCAAAGAUGGAAGAAAAUUCAGCAUGCUUGUUGCAUCGACUAUUCGACAUGGGUUAGUCGCACGCCGAGGUCAGUCUAUCUCAUCACUUGCCGUGAAUAGGAUUCUGCCUGGGAAUUCGCGCGUAUUUAGUGUGGUAGCCCAGGGUCAUUUGCGAGAAUUCCAAGACAUGUUGCGUAGAGGGGAAGCUUCACUGCACGAUCAUGACGAGCGCGGGGCCAAUCUCCUAUUUUAUUCCACGAGGCAACCCGAAAUAUGCAGGUUUCUACUUUCAAAAGGGAUAGAAGUUGACGUCGUGGCCGACCGCCUUUAUGAAAUUCAUGGCAAUUUCAGACACCUGGGUGAAUUCCGUACGUGCGGCUCGGCUUUAGAUAUCGAUAUCCGAGAUCUGCGUACAGAAGAGGAGGACAUUCCCGUUACAGAAUGUAGGAGGCUUCUACUAGAAGCGGGCGCAGAUGCUACAUUGCGUGUGAAUAAGAGGUUCUCAUUUCUCAAAGAAAAUAUAUUAGAUGCAACUCCAGAUAAAGUCCGAGCAAUUUGGGGUUCGAGUCUACUCCAUCCUCUCAUUAAUAUUAACAGCGCCAUUGAUGGGGGUUUAACACCGCUUCUUAUUAUCUGUGAGAAGUGCGGUUACAAUUUUGAAAGAGGCCGUUUUUCUCUUCUAUUGGAAUUAGGCGCGGAUAUUAAUGCGCGUGACGCAAAUGGGAGGUCAUGCCUCCAUGUUUGCUUUCAAAAUUUCGUGACGUGGUCUGUAGAUCGACAAGUUGACACUAUUAGAUUUCUCAUCCAGAAUGGGGCCGAUAUUCAUGCUAGGGACGAAUCAGGACAAACUGCCUACGAAUGGGCGUAUACCCAUCAUUCGAAUCGCGAAGGCUGGUACAUAGGCAGUUUGGCUGGUGAUCUUUGGGACUCUGUCAUACAAGAUUUUGGGUAUGACGUCUUCCAAUUCCGACAAAAUCACCAAAGAAGACCUUGUUAUGGCCGAAAAUACGGGCGUAGGGAAUUUGAAAAACUCUGGCAAGGACGAGAAUUUCAAUGUCCAUAUUGGGAUGACGGACCCUGGCCUCAAGAAGUACCAUACCCUCGCACUCUUCCAGAGAGGUCCUGCCUAGUCGACACGGUAAAGAUAAGCGUCAAUGAUAAACCGGUCAAAAAAGAGACUCCAAUACAUUACACGAACAAUAUGGGUUACAUAACAGAAGAGCCUAAGCUUGAGAGCAGUGCACCACAUGCGGUGGAAGAGAGCGAGCAAUCCCAGCUUAGCGAGACGCUCGCUGUCAACGACGCUAUUGAUCCUGUCCCAGAGGCUGUCAAUAUGAACGACCAUGUCAAAGAGCGGAGAAUUGUCGAGGAACACGAGGAUUAUCGCCAGAGUGGCGUUGAUCUCGGCGAUUAUGAGUCAUUGGAGUUGUAUGAAAAUCCAUGGCGGUCUUGAUCCAUCUUAUGAUGAGCGAAGAUGGUCACGAAGAUCAGAAAGGAAACGGGAGAAGCUGUUCUAAUGUAGCUAUCAAGUGGAAGCAGCGAUAUAUUUCAAGCACAAAAUACCCCAUUUUCGAUUGAUGCGCCUCACCACCAAAUACAGCGCGAUAGGGUAAAUUCCGCCCCCAACAUUGAUGUCGUCACGGAUGCCAGUUGCUGCGGCUGGGCUGACCCAAGACUCGAUGAUACUAGCAUCACUUCUGCCACCAGCCAUAAUAGGACCUGGUUUCCAUGUUUUAUCUCUUAUUUCAGUUUGCGCACCGAGUUAUAAGAUCUUUGGGGUAACCUUGGUGCAUUUCCUGUUGACUGUAGAUAUCAGCGAUCUACGCACAUUCUCUGUUUUGUUGGCGUUUGUUUCGUAUCUCUUCAUGGGAGCAGUCCUAGGCGAGAAUAAUUCAGCUAAAUUCCGACUCAUAUGACUUGAAACUACGAUAGAGGGCUGUACGGUUCUCUGUACCACAUUAGGUGACAUUUGACGAUCCUUUACUCAAGCAUGAGUUUGCUUGGACUGUGUUACUGUAGUUUAUCCUAAGUUCAGGGUCUCUCCUACAAUUUACUCGCCCCGUUGCAUUGGACUGCAAUGUUGUAUGGAUUAGCAGGGUCACACGGGCUUCGCUACUUUGGUUGGUACACUGAAUACUCUCAGCUAGCGAACU